AUGGCGGCCGUCUUGCACAACCUUCGAUGUUGCGCAUUUCGACCUCUUAUUGUGGAAGAAUUGCAGAUCAGGUAUCAGUACAGCUUCCGUGGUAUAGAGAGGUUUGCUCUUAAACUAAAUAACGCCAAAUAACUAAUUUAUUUUCACUUUUGUCGUAGCAGAUCUUGUCUUCGCGGUUUACGAACAAGUCCGUGUGCCUUUGGUUUGGAAGAGUUUUUUCCACCUGAGGUGUUUAAAAAAGGAGAAUUAGCUAAAGAGAAAGUUCAUACAGGUAAAAUUGUAGAAAAUAUAUAGAUUGCAUUCGAGGCCACUUAGUUUCAUCGCAUUUAAUCAGAACUGAGGUAUUAUGCAAUUCUCAUAGUUUAGUCUGAUCGGGUGACUGCUAACAAGAUAAUCCUUACUGGACUUAUAUUAUUUAGUUGGUCUAAACCUUGGAAAUUCUUCGGAAUAUAAUUCAAAGCAUCACUAUUUAUCACUAGCCAGUCAGGUUUGAAGACCUUUACUCUUUGAUCACUCCCAGAUAUCUACUUCCUUCUUACCUUCAUGAGUUAUAUUCUUUGGGCUCGUUUUUUGUGGCAUAUACAACAGAAUAUUCAAAUAUUUGGAAGCUACUACUAGGUGUUGAAAUGGUGAUGAAAAACAGAUGAAUGAAUGCUUUACUGUUUGCUUGAUUACUGAAUGACUGAAUUAUUGAUGCAUCAAUCCAAUGAUCUGACCAACUCAUAACAACCAUGUACAAAGGCAACUGACUCAUUUACUGAAGGACUGAUUGACUGACUGAACAACUGAUUGACUAACAGAAUAACUGCCAAACUGACUCCAUGAGUGGCUGAAUGAGUGUCCUUCCGACCAACUGCCAGACUGACUGACUUACUGACUCUGACUUUCUGACUUAUUGACUGACUUACAGACUAAUGGACUUACUGACUCUCUGCCUUGCUGAUUGAGGAGCUGAUUUGCUGAACAACUACCUAACUGGCUGACGCGUUAACUCAUUAACUGACUAAUUGUUGGUCAGUGACAAACUCAUUGACCAACCAAAUGAUCAUCAUUGACUGGUUGUGCCUGACUCACUAUCAGACUGAUCAAUUGAAUGAUUAAUUGAAAGACUUCAACAGUGCAUUACCACAUGUGAUUUCAUACAGUGUAUUCAGGAUAGCAGAAUUUGAUUUUAAAUGUAUUGACUCUAUUAAUAAGUCAUCAAUAUGGUCUUUUAAGGUAGAAAAUGGCAUGCUGGAGAACUGAGAGGGAAAAGUAAUGAAGACCUUCAUAAAUUGUGGUAAGAGUUUCUGUUUAGAGUAAAAUACUCUAGUACUGAUCAAGCUCUAAUACUGAAUUAGUGCAUGUUGUCCUACAGGUAUGUUCUUCUGAAGGAGAGAAACAUGCUUAUGACUCUGAAGCAUGAAGCAAAAAGACAGAGUUUUCCGAUGCCGUCUCCUACAAGAACCCAUAAGGUAAAGAUGACGAGCUUCUGUAUUGUUGAUCAAAUUAUGAACAAUAAAUACACAUCAAAGAGAAAAUAAAAAUGAAACUGUUUGGAAAAAAUUUUACAUUAGUAAGGAAUAAUUCCAACCAAAACAUACACAGUGACUGACUUAGAGACAGUAGGGAGAAUUACUAGUGAGAUCUGAGGAGUAGAGCAGCUGAGUGAUUCACAUUAAAAUUUGAAAAAGAAAUUCUCAUUAUUUAAACAGUGCAGCUAUGCUAAGUCAGUCACCAUUACUUUUUUUGUAUUCAGGUCCAGAAGUCAAUGGCUGCAAUAAAACAGGUGCUUUCUGAGAGGGUAAGGAAUUAGUUACAUGCAGUUUUAUGCUUCCAUACAAAAAGUAUGUACAGUGAACUUUUUGUUUUGUUGUUUAUAACUAUGUUUUGUUUUCUUUUUAAGGAAAAAGCGGUGAAAAGCUUAGAAAAUGAAGUCUGGCCAUUUGAUGCAAUUCCAGAAGACAAACCACCUACAGCCAUGGAAGAAGCGAAGGCAGAGUUUUCUGAUAAGAAGAAAGAUUACCGUGAUUUGGUUAGAAUUCUAAAACAGGGAAUUAAAGUUGCACAAUGAAAAUGACCUGUGCUUUUCCAUAACAAACUCAGAAAGAAGAACUAGGGCUCCAGAUUGUGACAGGUAUGGGCACCAAUGCUGCCUUAGUUUUCCCACUGGUGACCAAAAGUUCUGACCUAAUCCCCUGCUGAUUAGGUGUUUGUAUUGCAUAAAGGGGGUAAGUUUCUAAAGAAACUGUGGUGCUGUGUCAGCAGGAGAGUAUAGCAGGUAAUUUAGUGUUAACAACUGAGUUGAAAACAUAAAUUAGCCACUGUAAAGCAGUUCCUUUUUUUUAGCUUUUUUACUCUUUAUGGUGGCCAAUUUACGUUUUCAACUCAGUUGUUAACACUAAAUUAGGUGUUUGUAUUGUUUUAAAUUCAAAGACAAACAAACCAAGUACAAAAGCACUUCAUGUUGUCUGUUUUACUUCUGCCUUGAGAAAAAUGAGGGAACUGGCAUCAGCAAAGCCUGUUGCCAUCUUACCUCCAUCCUUAGACACACAUUCUAAGUAUGUGAUUUCUGUUCCUCCUUUUCAAUAGGGCACAGAAUUUCAAGUACUUAAUUCAUUUAAUUAAUUAAAUGCCAUUCUUAUGGGUAGAUAUGGACUCAGCUUUUAAAUUGGUGACUAGAAAUUUACCACUAGCAAUCAUAUUAUUUUGCCACCUAGACACCAAAAGACAAUUAAGGAAUUUAUUCUAAAUUUUGGGUCCUGAGUAUAAAUGCAGCAAGUCAGAGCUAAAAAAGAUACCAUGUUUAUCGCAAUUGAGAUGAAUACAUUAUAAAAUUUUGCAACUACAAAAUUUCAACUUUUUUCUUAUUUCAUUUACAAAAUUAACACAGACUGGGCAAAGCUAGAAAAGUACCAUUUAGAGACAAUACUUUUUUCCAUCACGACUUACAAUAUUAUGCAUCUGGAUUCUUUUAUCUUAGAGUUAAUUUUACAAAGUUUGAUACAGCUAUUUUUUUACCCUUUCACUCCCAAGAUCUAAUUAGUUAUUCUCCUUACUAUCUGCCAUACAAUUCUUAUGAUGUUAGUUCAGAGAAUUUGGUAUUGGAUCAACUAAUAAUCCCGUAAUUGAUAUUCUUCUCUAUUCUCAUCACCUACCUGCUUGAUAUUGUAUUGAUAUUGUAAGGAGAAAUUCUGUCUUGGUCACUUGUAGGAGUGAAAGGGUUAACAUUAGAAAAUAUUAAUGUUAUUCUGCAUGAAAUACAAUGUAGAUAGGGU